GGCAAAUGGGAUAGCUUCUCGAUUGCGAGGGAGGAAACCUAGCUAACUGACGUGAUUUUCGGACAGUUCGAUGCAAAAAUGCCGAUGACCGUAUCUAUCGUCACACUAGUUACAGUGGUAAUAGCUUUUUCUUCACAAAGAGCAAACUGGGUCACUAUGCAUAGAUAUGUUUUGCCUUGCGCGGUUAUACACUGUUGUGGGUCAGGGAAGUUCCACCAGCAGACAUGCAUCAGUGUGCAACCGUAUUCAAAAGACACCGUCUAGCUGUUCUACUCUGCUAUGGUCCCCGGGCGCUACCUGCCAUGUCGAGGCGGAACAGGAGCAGCCGCGCGUGGCGGCACGUGUGGAGCGACAUCCAGCGGGACGCGGACGCCAGGGCGCUAGUGCUGGCCUCCGAGAGUGAAGACUGGGGGUACGAGGGGCUGCAGUACGGCGACUCUGACUCGGAGGCCAAGUUCCCUGGCAUGGCCCCGGCAGUGCCCAGCGCCGUGCCCGUCACUGGGGAGUCCUACUGCGGCUGCGACUCCCUGGCGGAGCCCAGCUACAGCUCCCGCCUGAGGGGCUUCCACCGCACAAAGGACUGCCACUGCGGAGAGGACGACCAGGGAAAUGAUGACAGUGUGUCUACCCUGACUGCCGGCCUCCCAGACGUGAAGGUGUCGCUCUGUUUCUGCCCAGACUUCGACUGGGUGUGGGACGACGGCAGCAAGUCCACCGCCUCGUUGCUAAGCAGCGACAGCCGCAAGGUGAACUUCCACACGGAGUACAGCUGCGGCACGGCCGCCAUCCGCGGCAACAAGGAGCUGGCCGACGGACAGCACUUCUGGGAGAUCAAGAUGACCUCCCCCGUGUAUGGCACGGACAUGAUGGUUGGCAUCGGGACGUCGGACGUGAACCUGGACAAGUACAGGCACACCUUCUGCAGUCUGCUGGGGAAGGAUGAGGACAGUUGGGGACUUUCCUACACAGGACUGCUCCACCACAAAGGCGACAAGAUGAACUUCUCGUCCCGCUUUGGCCAGGGCUCCAUCAUCGGGGUACACCUGGACACCUGGCACGGCACCCUCACCUUCUUCAAGAACCGCAAGUGCAUAGGCGUAGCUGCCACGAAUCUCCAGAACAAGAAGUUGUACCCCAUGGUGUGCUCCACGGCAGCCAAGAGCAGCAUGAAGGUGAUCCGGUCCUGCUUCGCGCCCACCUCCCUGCAGUACCUGUGCUGCGCGCGGCUGCGGCAGCUCCUCCCGGACUGCGCGGACACGCUGGGCGUGCUGCCCCUGCCCCCGGGCCUGCGUCACCUGCUGCACAACAAGCUGGGCUGGGUGCUCAGCCUCAACAACGGCGCCCUGGACGGCCCCGACCGGCCCGAGGACUCGCCCUCCCCCCCGGGGCCCUACGCCUCCCCCCCGCCGUCCCCCGGGUGCGACUCGGAAGGCUGUUCUUCCGACCCCGAGGCCUGCCAGAGGAAGCGCUGCCGCUGGACGUGACUCCCUACAGGUCCCCCCCCCCCCCUCCUCACCUGGACCUGCUGAACUCGGAAAGGCCGGGAAGAGCAGCUCACGCUGUGAACAUUCGGCAUUCGUUAUUAUUAUUACGGGACGGGAACGGGACUCUACUUGCGCCGCGGUCCCCGGAGACGUUGUUUGUUGACGGUUUCUUAAGGAGCGGGAGCCGGUGUUGACGGUGCUGGGCUGUGCUCAGUUCUUGCGUUUCCCUGCCCAGGGGUCAGACUCUUGUCUGGCGAGGGAGCCAAAGCUGGUUAUGAGGAGUGCCCAUGCCUCACGGUAGAAUGGCCCAAACCUGUUAUGUGUGUCUCUGCCAGCCUAAAUACUCAUGAACUCCUCUACAUCUGAAGUGGACCAGGCACAGCUCUGUACGCUUCUCUUACUCUGUAACAUAUAGUCAUUAAAUAUGGAACAGCAUUCUAUUCUUUUGUGCUAUUUGCAUAAUGUGAAUAGCAAGCUUUGCUGCAUUGGUCAAUAACCAUACAAUGAUGCAUGUGUAAGGAGCUUGUAGCUGUCUUAUCGUGAAAUGAUAACAUACCACAGAAUCCAAGAGCUUACGAUAUGCUUUUCAAACAAAGUUGGCUAAAUAAAUUAUUCAGAAUGGAGCAUAUACAAACCUUUCUAGCGACUUGCAGUUUUUUAUACAUUGUGCAAGGCUGAGCUACUCUGCGGAAUGAGAGCUGUAGCUAAAUCUGGUGGAAGUAGAGCCUGCACACAAGAACUCAAUAUAAUAAAUAAAUAAAUAAAGAAAGAAAAAAAUAUAUAUAUAUAUCUUAAUUUGUGUCAAACAUUUAGAUCCAUAGUGGAUCUUUGUCAGGUCGCAAGCUUGACGUGACGAAGAUUCAGAAUGGACUGCAAUGUUGUUUGAUGCAAAUAAAGGUUUAUAUUGAGUUCUGAUCUGCAGGCUCUACUUUAACUGUAAUCUUAACUACCAUUAAGAUACUGCGUUUCUCCAUGCUAUUAUACCUGGUGGAAAGAGCCUGGUGGAAAUGGAGCAUUUUCACAGUGGCUUUGAUGUGCGAGUAGUGAUGUAUGGGCACUUCCCAUUUCUUGGCUUUAACUCUUUCCCCCCACAGCUGUUAUUGGGUGGAACAAAAGAACGCUUGUUGGGUUAAACUGUACAUCUCCUUCCUGUACUGGACGUCAGUCGUAUCUGAGCCAAAUGCAAUGCAAGUGCACUGUUAACCUGCAGAGUAGAAGUAAUCGUAUUCACAUAAGUGCAUAUAGGAAAUGUUGAAAUUGGUCCAUUUUUUUGUUAAGUUCCAUCAUGUGAAUAGAGGUAUUUUUAUUCAUGUAGACAUUUCAACAUUUACAAUGAACCUGCUCGUAGUUAUUUUAGACAUUUGCUGAAAUCCAUGUUGAUGACUGUAGGUCUGAUAACACUAUGCACCCAGUUCUUAUAACGGUCACACAAAAUAAUAGCCCCGGUUAUGGACUGAAUGUGGAGGAGCCUUUUAUAUUGUUGAUGGAAUGACUGCUGGCAGUGCUGCAGUUCACAACAUCCUGCUUUGUCAUCAAGAUUUAGUACAGCAUGACGAAAGUCAUAAGAUCCACUGCGGCUUGUUUACAUUUUAUUGCUAUUUACAGGCUCUGAAAUGGACCACAGAUAAUCUCUUAAUAUAUUUUAUUGCAAUUUAGGAAGAAUACAAAAUCCAGUGUGCAGGAUAAUGCAGAUGGUAAAACUAUGAAGUAAUCUGGUUUUCAGGAUUGCAUACUGGUCACAUGGGUAUUAUCUGGCCAGUUUCAUAAAAAAGAAGAUGUAUUUUGCAUUCACUGGCCACUUAGAAAUAACUGGCCUAACAAAUCAUUUUCCUGACCGUCACCUGAUAUUGUAACUGUUAUUUUUGUGAUUAUGACGAUUGUCAUCAUAAUUCACGAUGAUAUUGUUCCUGUUACAAGCUUUGCACUGUUUCUCUUUCGUGUUCAGUCCUAGGCUACUAGGACAGGUCAAUGCUGCUUUAUAGCACAACUAGUCCUCAGAACAUGUGAGGACUAGUCACAUCAAAAGAAUCCCCUUUUCUCCUGGCUUCAACACUGUGAAGGGGGUCUGUUGAGUUGCUCAGAUCUCACCGUCCAGGGCAAUGUGGUCCACAGUAGGUGGAAUUGGCGGCGGAUAAAGUGUUGACUGAUGAAGACCUGCAAUUCAUCACACGAUCCCUGCUUGCUCAAAUUAAAGGUUGAGGCACAGAAUUGUAAUAAACACACUUUCCUUUGGUUUGGGGAAUAACACAUUUUAAUAA